AUGGUCUUUGUCAAAUCGCUCACUGGGCGCACUUUGUGCUUGGAUGCCGUCAAUGUCUUGACCAUCAAGCAACAAAUCGAAUCGUCGGAAGGAAUUCCAUCUGAAGACCAAAGACUCAUUGUCAACGGUUAGUUUUGUGGCAAAUCCGCUGAAUCUCGAGAGAAUCAGAUGUGCAAUUCUGCCGCUGAUUCUUGAGGACAGACCCGGCUAAACAUGUUCUUGAACUUCAACGUUUAGGUCAUCAGCUCGAGGAUGAUGAAACCGUCGAGGAAGACUCCACUGUCUACCUUUCCCUCAGCUUGCUCGGAGGAGCCAAGAAGAGAAAGAAGAAGGUUUACACCACACCAAAGAAGAACAAGAGAAAGCCAAAGAAGGUCAAGCUCGCCGUCUUGAAAUACUACAAGGUUAGUAGCGGUGGAGAUUUUUAGGUUUUAUAAUCAAACUGGCUAUGAUGAUGAAAUUUUGAUAUGGUGUCAGGACCUCUGAGAGUUCCGUGACUGAGGUUUAGAGUUCCUGAGCCGGUUUGAAGCAUAUUUAUUAAUUUAUCUUCUGUUUACAAGUAUAAAUGCAUAUUAUUUCAGAUCGAUGAGAACGGAAAAGUCACCAGACUCCGCAAGGAAUGCCAACAACCAACCUGCGGUGGAGGAGUCUUCAUGGCCCAACACAACAACAGACACUACUGCGGUAGAUGCCACGACACCCUUGUCGCCGACAACAGCGCCGGAGCCUCAGGAGAAAAGGGAGGAAAGAAGGGAAAGAAGUAA